CUCCUGAAAUCUUGGUACACCGUACACGAAAGCUCACUUCUCGAACACUGUACAUACGCCGUGACGUAUUGUGUGUGCACGACGGCGUUCCUCUCGGCGCGCAGAUCGACGCAGUCUCGGGACGCCAACCCAGAGAGUCUACUCAACCGGGCUGUAUCGUCGUCGUGGUCUCUAAUAAUCGCACCGCAUUUACGACCACUGUUUCCCUGCCCUCGUGUCAGUUCUAUUGUUUCCUUUCAAACGAACCCUGGCUACCGAACAGAUCUGGGUCUCGAGUUCUCGAGUCGCGCUCCUGAAUAGGAUCUGCAACAUUCCUCGCCGGACGGGGACACACUCUCUCUGCCCUCCACACAAAGCCGGCGCGGGUGCCUGUGACGACGGGCGUGCUGGCUGGCAGAACCUCAGCGCCAGCGCCGAGGCGUCGCGCAUACACUGCAGCUGCCCGCAUUCGGACGACGCCGUGUACAGACUCGACCUUGCUGCCACGAGAGAGCGAGAGGGACGCGACGGAACACGAGCGCAUGAGAAGGUCACUCCACCGCACGCACGCCGCGACCGCCGUCACCCCACACCGCCGCCGAGAUGGACAGUCAGUCGGGCCAAGGGGCCAACAAUAGCAGCGACUUUGUUCGCAAGCUGUACAAAAUGCUAGAAUGCCCCCAGGACGAGAGCGUGGUGCGCUGGGGGAACGAGGGCGACAGCUUCGUGGUACUAGAGAACGAAAAAUUCACGAAACACAUUCUGCCGAAACACUUCAAGCACAGCAACUUCGCCAGCUUCGUGCGGCAGCUCAACAAAUAUGAUUUCCAUAAAGUGCGGCAUAACAACGAAGAAGGCGGAACCUCACCGUACGGGCCCGGGGCCUGGGAGUUCAAACACCCCGACUUCAAAAUGAAUAACAAGGACGCCUUAGACAACAUCAGGCGGAAAGCGCCGGCACCGCGAAAGGCCAAUACAGGAACCGAGGCCGACAUGAUGCCCACGCAGCAGGUCGACAUGAUCAAUACACAGCUCGUCGCCACUCAGCAACAGUUGCAGUCGCUUCAGGAACGAUACAACGAGCUCAACAUUCAUCAUACGAUUAUGAUGCAGGAAUUAAUAGGCGUGCAGAAGACGGUGAUCAAUCACGAGCACGUGAUGCAGUACGUGAUGAACUUUUUGAACUCGGUGGAUGCGCAAAGAAGGAGGGAGAGCAGGAUUGUGAAUCCGAAUCCAUUUGCGAAUGGUACCGGAGUGAAUGGAGCGAAUGCGCCAGGGAGUGCAGCGGCGGUACCACCACCCCCAGAGGAGGAUGUGCCAGCAUCACCGCUACAACAUGCUUCGAAGUUGCUCGAACAAGUGAAUGCAGAUCACAUGCUCAACACCCGCAAUCUAGAGCAGAUGAAUGAAGCACAGAUUCGGAUGAAUGCCGCACUCACGACACCACCGCCUGACCAUUUGGCGCGCAAUGGUGUCACACGAUCUUCGAGCCGGGGGGCUCAGCCCAAUUCGGCAGGUUCUUCAAGCUCGCAUGGUUACGACCUCGAUAACAUGGUAUAUCCGAUCGGACAGAACCCGCAAGGAAUUGAUCCCAUGUACAGCGAACACGUCAACAAUAUUCCAUACUCAUUACCGGCGAAAGGGGCCGAUGGGAAUUUCCACCAGCCGCCGCAGCCUACAGACGUAAGGAAGAAAAGUACACAAGUCGAUCCUGGUUGGGUGAGACAGCCUCAAAUUCUAUUGGUAGAGGACGACCAAACGUGCAGGAGAAUUGGCGGAAAGUUCCUGUUCGCAUUUCAGUGCCAUAUUGAUAGCGCGCUGGAUGGCCUAGAGGCGGUGAAUAAGCUGAACUCAGGCGCCAAGUACGACCUUGUACUCAUGGAUAUUAUUAUGCCGAAUCUGGACGGCGUAUCGGCAACACACCUCGUACGACAGUUUGACACUGCAACACCAAUUAUUGCUAUGACUUCCAACAUAAGGAGUGAUGAUAUCUCGAUGUACUUCCAGCACGGCAUGAACGACGUGCUACCCAAACCGUUCACGAAGGAGGGCCUGCUCGCGAUGCUCGAGAAGCACUUGUCGCAUCUGAAAAAGGGGCAGCAGGGCAUAGAACCCAUGCCGCCCCCUUUGAAAGCCAACAAUCGAAGCUUGAAGAGCGAAGACUCGCCAGCGACAUCACCUGCCACAGCGAGUAACUGGAAUUCGCCGAAUCAGCUUACUGGAGGCUCGCCUUCGAACAGCAACCUUGGAGACGAGGGACCAUACGUGGUGUCGGCGCCGUAUGCGCAACCCGUGCUGCACGCUCCGUCAACGCAAAUGUAUGCACCACCCGCGAGCGGCAUGAUACCGCCGCACGUUGCGCAAAGACGAGCGAUUGACAGCAUUACUGGUGGGCCUGAGAUGGCAGGCGAUGCCAAAAGGCAGCAUAUGUACACAUCUGGGCCCAUGGGAACGUUAGCGGUACCUCCCCCACAAAUGUUGCAACGGCCGCCAAGGUGACAUUAGUGGGCGAUUGGCUCGAUUAGGCGAUGGUUCUGUACAUAAGGGAUGUAGGUAGAUAUCCUCUCUGCGCCGCGCCAUGGGGAACGCGGCGCAGGGCUUUCGCGCCGUUGGAUCUGCUCCAUGCUGGCAGGGGGCGAUAUCGGUUGUUCUGAAGACCUUAGUAUCCUGCGACCUCGAUUGCGCAGUAGAAAGGACGGGCACUGCACUGGACAGGGAAUACGUCCAGGUGAUGAAGCUCAAGGAGCCGCAAGGAAGGAACGACGG